AUGGAGAGUACGCCCAGCUUCCUGAAGGACACCCCAGCCUGGGAGAAGACAGCCCCUGAGAAGGGCAUCCUGGGACAGGAGCCGGAUACCCUGCCUCGAGAUGGUCUGCGCCGGGGCGCACUGUGCCUGGGAGAGCCUGCUCCCUUUUGGAGGGGUGUCCUAAGCACCCCAGACUCCUGGCUUCCCCCUGGCAUUCCCCAGAGCCCCAAGGACACGCUCCCACAGGUGGAGGGAGAAGGCCCCCGCAAUGGGGAGAGGAAGGCCAACUGGCUGGGUAGCAAGGAGGGGCUGCGCUGGAAGGAGGCAAUGCUUACCCACCCAUUGGCACUCUGUGGCUCAGCGUGCCAGCCUCGCUAUGGCCCCCUGAUUCCUGAGCAUAAUAAUGGUGGCCAUCCCAAGAGUGACCCUGUGGCCUUCCGGCCCUUGCACUGCCCCUUCCUUCUGGAGACCAAGAUCCUCGAGCAAGCUCCCUUCUGGGUGCCCACCUGCUUGCCACCCUACCUAGUGUCCAGCCUGCCUCCAGAGCGUCCAUGUGACUGGCCCCUGGCCCCACACCCCUGGGUGUACUCAGGGGGGCAGCCCAAAGUGCCCUCUGCCUUCGGCUUAGGCAGCAAGGGCUUUUACCACAAGGAUCCAAGCAUCCUCAGGCUGGCAAAGGAACCAUUGGCAACUGCGGAACCUGGGUUGUUAGGCUUAGCCUCUGGUGGGCAUCUCCAGAGAACUGGGGAAGUGGAGCAUCCUUCAUUCCACCAGAGAGAUGGAGAGGCAGGAGUCGGCAGGCAUCAGAACCUUUGCCCGUUCCUCCUGGGGCAUCCGGACUCUGUUCCCCGGACCCCCUGGCCCCCGUGCCCCCCGGGCCUGGUUCAUACUCUUGGCAACGUCUGGACUCUACCAGGGGGUGGGAGCCUUGGGUACCAUCUGGGGCCAUCAGCCACAUCAAGGUGCCCCACUCCUGGGCCUCCUGCCACCCAGGGAGGCUGUUGCUCAUCUCACCCACCUGCUAGAGAUGGAGGUCUUGGCCCCUGUGGGAAGUGCCAGGAGGGGGGCACCAUCGGGCCCAGUGAAUCCAACGAGGAAGUGAACAAGGCCUCUGGUCCCAGGGCCUGCCCACCCAGCCAUCACACCAAGCUAAAGAAGACAUGGCUCACGCGACACUCUGAGCAGUUUGGGUGUCCAGGUGGUUGCCCUGGGGACGAGGAGAGCCCUUCUGCCCAGCUGCAGGCCCUCAAGAGGGCAAGCAGCCCUGAGGUCCAGGGAGCGGGUGGAAGCCCAGCUGCCAAGCGCCCGCCCAACCCUUUCCCAGGCAGUGCGGGGCAGGGGGCCAGAGGUCGGCAGGAGAUGCUGGACUCAUCAUUUGGGAACAAGGCAGAGGCCGUGCAGCAUGAUGACCACAGAGGACCCCAAGAUGGUAGGGCCAGCCUCCAGGACCCAGGGCUUCAGGAUACAUCUUGUUCGGCUCCCCUGGCAGGCAUGGCUCCAUGCCAAAGCUGUACCCAUGCAGCUGGAGAGGCGGGAGGGCUGGCCCGCCACUCCCAGCAAGUGCCGAGAUUGCCUCUGGGAGGGGAGCAGCUGCAGGACGAAGACUCAGCAGCUGGCUCGGAGGAGGGAGGAGGGUCUGGCCCCGAGGCCCGGCUCAGCAAGGGCCUCGCCAAGCAUCUGCUAAGUGGUUUGGGGGACCGACUAUGCCGCCUGCUGCGGAGGGAGCGCGAAGCCCUGGCCUGGGCGCAGCGGGAAGGCCAGGGGCCCGCCAGGACAGAGGACAACCCAGGCGUUCCACGCUGCUGCAGCCGCUGCCACCGCGGACUCUUCAACACCCACUGGAAAUGCCCCCACUGUAGCCACCGGCUGUGUGUGGCCUGUGGCCGCAUGGCGGGUGCUAGGAGGGCCAGGGACAAAGCAGGCCCUCGGGAGGAGUCCACGGAGGAGUGUCCCCAAGAGGCCAGGCAUACUGCCAGUUCCCUGAUGCUCACCCAGCUCGUUUCUAGCCAGGCCUUGGCAGAAUUGAGCACCGCCAUGCACGAGGUGUGGGUCAAGUUUGACAUCCGGGGGCACUGCCCCUGCCAAGCUGAUGCCCGAGUGUGGGCCUCUGGGGAUGGGGGCCAGCAGAAGGAGCCGACAGAGAAAACUCCCCCAGUUCCACAGUCUUCUUGCAACGGGGACACCAACAGGACCAAGGACAUCAAAGAGGAGACCCCGGACUCCACCGAGACCCCGGCAGAGGACCGUGCCGGCCGAGGGCCCCUACCUUGUCCCUCUCUCUGUGAACUGCUGGCCUCCACUGCUGUCAAACUCUGCUUGGGGCACGAGCGGAUACACAUGGCCUUUGCCCCGGUCACUCCUGCCCUGCCCAGCGAUGACCGCAUCACCAACAUCCUGGACAGCAUCAUCGCACAGGUGGUGGAAAGGAAGAUCCAGGAGAAAGCCCUGGGGCCGGGGCUGCGGGCCGGGCCAGGACUGCGCAAAGGCCUGGGCCUGCCCCUCUCACCAGUGCGGCCCCGGCUGCCUCCUCCCGGAGCUCUGCUGUGGCUGCAGGAGCCCAGGCCUCAGAGAGGCUUCCAUGUCUUCCAGGAGCACUGGAGGCAGGGCCAGCCCGUGUUGGUGUCGGGGAUUCAGAGGACAUUGCGAGGCAACCUGUGGGGGACGGAAGCUCUUGGGGCACUUGGAGGCCAGGUGCAGGCACUGACGCCCCUCGGGCCUCCCCAGCCCACAAGCCUCCACAGUGCAACGUUCUGGGAGGGAUUCUCCCGGCCUGAAAUUCGCCCAAAGUCAGACGAGGGCUCCGUCCUCCUGCUGCACAGAGCUCUGGGGGAUGAGGACACCAGCAGGAUGGAGAACCUGGCUGCCAGCCUGCCCCUCCCCGAGUACUGUGCCCGCCACGGGAAACUCAACUUGGCUUCCUACCUCCCACCUGGCCCCGCCCUGCGUCCACUGGAGCCCCAGCUGUGGGCAGCCUAUGGUGUGAGCCCACACCGUGGGCACCUGGGGACCAAGAACCUCUGUGUGGAGGUGACCGACCUGGUCAGCGUCCUGGUACGUGCUGAGACCCCGCCGCCUACCUGGCACCGGGCACAGAAAGACUUCCUCUCAGGCCUGGAUGGGGAGGGGCUCUGGUCUCCAGGCAGCCAGGUCAGCACUGUCUGGCACGUGUUCCGAGCACAGGACGCUCAGCGCAUCCGCCGCUUUCUCCAGAUGGUGUGCCCGGCCGGAGCAGGCAACCUGGAGCCUGGCACCCCGGGCUACUGCUACCUGGAUGCAGGGCUGCGGCGGCGCCUGCGGGAGGAGUGGGGCGUGAACUGCUGGACCCUGCUGCAGGCCCCUGGAGAGGCCGUGCUGGUGCCUGCCGGGGCUCCCCACCAGGUGCAGGGCCUGGUAAGCACCGUGAGUGUCACUCAGCACUUCCUGUCCCCGGAGACCUCUGCCCUCUCUGCUCAGCUCUGCCACCAGGGACCCAGCCUGUCCCCUGACCGCCGCCUGCUUUAUGCCCAGAUGGACUGGGCUGUGUUCCAAGCAGUGAAGGUGUCUGUGGGAACAUUACAGGAGGCUAAAUAGGGGGAUCCCGAGUGUCUGGGGUAGGUUAGGGGGGCAGGUAGAUCAGGUGCUCAGUCCCAGCACAGCUUCAGCAGAGAAUGACGCUGGGGCACUUGGGGACUUUUGAUCAAUCCCUCAAACUCCACUCUGGGCACAGGCAGGGCACCCUGUUCCCCA